CUGGUUAAAGGCCUGCGUACAUGUAAAACACCACGUGGAAGACAAAGUCAAAGGGGGGGAGAAACAAAAGAAGAAGAAAACAAGGAGAUUACCAAAGUGGGAACCUAAAAUACAACAAUCAGGACUGUGGACUACAAUGAUGAUGAUAAUGAUUCUGAUCAUGUUAAUGAUGGUGAUGAUAAAGACAGCGGCGGCAUCGGCACCUGGCCCAGAGAUGGACAUUAAACCUGGAGCUACAAAUGGCUUGGCCAAACGAACCCUGCACUUCUGCUACCAGCUGGGCUUCGGGGUCACAGAGAUCCCCUCCAACAUCUCCAGCGACACCCAAUGCCUGGAAGUUCAGCAGACUCAGAUCAAAGUGAUUCCCCAGGGCGCUCUCACCAGCCUGCAGCACCUCAGGAAACUCAUCAUAUCCAAGAACGACAUGCUGGAGAGUAUCACCGCGUCUGCCUUUGCCGGCCUGCCUCAGCUCACUGAAAUCUUCAUCUCUGAGAAUGUUGCGUUGGAGAGUAUAGGAGCUUCUGCUUUCUCUGAUCUCCCUGAACUCAUCGAGAUAACCAUAACAAAGGCAAAAAACCUGAGACACAUCCAUCAAGAUGCAUUCAGAAACAUUGUGAGGCUACGGUAUCUGACCAUCUCCAACACAGGACUGACAACGUUCCCAAACUUCUCCAAGAUCAACUCUUCGGCCCACAGCUUUCUUUUAGACCUGCAGGAGAACAGCCACAUAAAGAGAGUCCCCGCCAAUGCCUUCAGAGGCCUUUGCACUCAAACUAUCGACGAGAUACGGCUCACCAGAAAUGGCAUCAAGGAGGUGGCAAGUGACGCCUUCAACGGCACAAAGAUGCACAGAUUGUUCCUAAGAGGCAACCAACAGCUUACUCACAUCAGUCCCAACGCCUUUGUGGGUUCCAGUGAGUUGGUGGUACUGGACAUCUCCGAAACAGCCCUCAGCUCCCUGCCGGACUCCAUACUCGGUGGACUCCAGAAGCUGUUUGCGCAGUCCGCCUUCCACCUGAAAGAGCUUCCUCCUUUGCAGCUCUUCACCGAACUCCGCCAGGCCCACGUGACGUACCCGUCACACUGCUGCCCCUUCCAAAACAUCAACAGGAACAGAUCCAGAUGGCACCCUUUCUGCUCCCACCCCGAGGCUGACCCCUACUUCCAGAGGGCCCACUGCUUCAACUUCACCUCCAUCACCUGCAGCCCAAUCCCAGACGCCUUUAACCCCUGUGAGGACAUCAUGUCCGCUGUCCCCCUACGGGUCCUCAUCUGGAUCAUCUCUGUCCUCGCGCUGCUGGGUAACACAGCGGUACUUCUGGUGUUGUUCGGCAGCCGCUCCAAACUGACUGUUCCUCGUUUCCUGAUGUGCCACUUGGCCUUUUCUGACCUCUGCAUGGGCAUCUACCUGGUAGUCAUAGCAACUGUGGACAUGUUCACUCGUGGCCAGUACCACAACCACGCCAUAGACUGGCAGAUGGGCCUGGGCUGCAGUGCUGCGGGCUUCUUCACGGUGUUUGCCAGUGAGCUGUCGGUGUUCACAUUAACAGCGAUCACACUGGAGCGCUGGCACACCAUCACAAUUGCUCUGCGGCUCGACCGCAAACUUCGCCUGAGACAUGCGUGCAUUGUCAUGACAGCAGGCUGGAUCUUCUCAUCCCUCACCGCUUUGCUGCCUACAGUCGGGAUCAGCAGCUACGGCAAAGUGAGUAUCUGCCUGCCCAUGGACGUGGAGUCUGUCGUGUCUCAGGUCUAUGUGGUGUCUCUUCUCCUCCUCAACAUCCUGGCCUUCGUCUGUGUGUGCGGCUGUUACCUCAGCAUCUACCUGGCCGUCCGCAACCCCUCGUCUGCGCCACCGCACGCUGACACCCGCGUGGCUCAGCGCAUGGCCGUCCUCAUCUUCACCGACUUUGUCUGCAUGGCUCCCAUCUCCUUCUUUGCCGUGUCAGCCGCCCUCAAGCUCCCUCUCAUCACCGUCUCAGAUGCCAAACUCCUGUUGGUCCUCUUCUACCCGAUCAACUCGUGCGCCAACCCCUUCCUGUACGCCUUCUUCACCCGCGCCUUCAGGCGGGAUUUCUUUUUCCUCACGGCUCGGUUUGGCCUGUUUAAAACCCGGGCGCAGAUUUACCGGACGGAGACUUCCUCCUGUCAGCAGCCGGCAUGGACCUCUCCAAAGAGCAGCCAUGUGAUGCUGUACCCUGUGACCAAUACAUCAAGUCAAGAUGGGAAACAAGACUGCUGACUCUCAUUCAGAAAACACAGGUACAGACCUUUUGCUUGUUUUCUCAACAGGAGGAUCGUCUUUCUCUCCACACAGAAGUCCAAUUUCUCCCAGGCAAAUAAAGAAAAUUCCCCUUAGGUCUCCUGGAGAUGUUGACAGAACGUACAAAUGCCUCUUAAAGUUACGAGAGAUUCAACUUUGUGUAAAGUAUACCAUACAGGAAUUGUCGGUUACCAACCCCAGAUUCGCUUGUUUGCUAUAUUCGCAGGGUUUUUUUCAACACUGUAUCUGCAAUUUUCGUAGCUUUGUCCUGAAAGUGUGCCACUUGUGGUCUGGCACCUGGUCGCUACCUUUUUAUAAAGUCCUGACCUCACCAUACACAGCAAAAUAAGAAGAGUAGUCAACAAAAUCUGCAAGAUCUGUUUGGUAUGACAUCAUGCAGCGAACAGUGCAAAUUCAGGUUAUAACCAUGGCAGCCGGUACGUGGUAUCAUCUUAUAACAUGCCUCAUUUUAGUGGAUCAUUACAUAUCAGGUAUGGACCAAAAAUUGCUAUGGAUAUCAGUUUUUGAGCCACGCUGAAGGCCAAAAAUGUGACCUGCAACAGACCAGAGGCAUGUACUUAAUGUACUUAAUGUUUAAUGUUUCUCCGAUAUGUUGCCAGUAUCAUGGAUUGCUUCAGGCCUGACCUUUGACCUGCAGCAACACACAGCACAAGUGUCCUUUUUAAACCAUGUGACCCAUGGCUAAACUCUACUGUACUUACAGUGUGCACAGAAAUCCAAGUAAAGAUAGCUACAGAACAACUGCAGAUACUUUGGCUAAAUCUAGGUCAAACAGCUGUCCUAGAUAAUUCCUCGCGUUUGUUUUAACUUGAUUGGAACGCCACAUGGGUGGAGUUUACUGCACCGUAACAAUUUAGAUCACAAGUAGGAGUAGAGGGAGUAGAGGUAGACUGAUUUCACUUCCAUGCAUGGUCCUGUGAAGCAAAUGCCACCCAUCUGGUGUCUCUAGAUAAUGAAAUGAACAGAGGUACUUUGAAACAGUUUAACAAAGGUUUGACGCUCGGGAUAUCGGCAUAUAUGCACAUCAAGAAAUCAACAUUCAUUUAGCAUUCAACGUUAUGAUUGAAUGAUAUUCAUUAAGGAGCACACCGCAGGGACCUGCUGAUUAAUAAUCUCCUCAUACACUCUGUCUGCUGUAGCUCUCCAUGCCUCCACAUCCCUCCUACCCCUCAGUUUCUCUUAAAAUGAAGGCUGUGUAAUUAUCUUUGUAAUGCAAUUAUCGUUUGUAAAUGAAAGUAUCAUUAAGUUUCACUUUUUUUAUAUAUACAUCUGUGUGUUUUGUACAAUAUAUAUCUCUGUAAUGCUUUUCCAUGUCAUUUAUA